AUGGAGGUGUUUGACCCCGUCGAGCUGCCCGAGCUGCUUAAGCUUUAUUACCGAAGGCUCUUUCCCAUGGCGGAGGUGAUGGAGGCGGGGAGCGGGGUGGGAAUGGUAAAGAAUUACUUUCAACACCGUGAAUUUUCCUUCACAUUGAAAGAUGAUAUUUACAUUCGUUACCAAUCCUUCAACAACCAGAGUGAUCUGGAAAAGGAGAUGCAGAAAAUGAAUCCGUACAAGAUUGAUAUAGGCGCGGUAUAUUCCCACAGACCCAAUCAACACAAUACAGUGAAGCUGGGAGCUUUCCAGGCUCAGGAAAAAGAACUGGUGUUUGACAUUGACAUGACAGACUACGAUGAUGUGAGGAGAUGUUGUAGUUCUGCAGACAUAUGUUCUAAGUGCUGGACCCUCAUGACGAUGGCCAUACACAUCAUUGACCGAGCAUUGAAGGAGGACUUUGGAUUUAAACAUCGUCUCUGGGUAUAUUCUGGAAGGAGAGGUGUUCAUUGCUGGGUCUGUGAUGAAUCAGUUAGAAAACUGUCCUCUGCAGUACGUUCUGGGAUAGUUGAAUAUUUGAGUGUUGUAAAGGGUGGUCAAGAUGUUAAAAAGAAAGUUCACCUAAGUGAAAAAAUUCAUCCUUUUGUCAGAAAAUCUAUAAACAUAAUAAAAAAAUACUUUGAAGACUAUGCCUUGGUUGAUCAAGAUAUUCUUGAGAAUAAAGAAAGCUGGGAUAAGAUUUUAGCCCUUGUUCCUGAAACAAUGCAUGAUGAACUUCAACAAAGCUUCCAAAAGCAUCACAAUUCACUUCAGCGCUGGGAGCAUUUGAAGAAAGCAGCCAGCAGAUGUCAGAAUAACAGCAAAAAUGACAAAUGUGGACCCUGGCUUGAGUGGGAGAUCAUGCUCCAGUACUGUUUUCCACGACUGGAUAUCAAUGUUAGCAAAGGAAUCAAUCAUUUACUGAAGAGCCCUUUUAGUGUUCAUCCUAAAACAGGUCGCAUUUCUGUGCCUAUUGAUUUACAGAAAGUGGAUCAGUUUGAUCCAUUUACUGUUCCAACCAUAAGUUCCAUUUGCCAUGAAUUGGAUGUUAUUUCCACUAAAGAAGAAGAAAAAGAGAACGGAGCUGAAUCUGAUAUCAAACAUAGAACCAGAGAUUACAAGAAGACCAGUCUAGGUCCUUUUGUAAAAGUUUUUGAGCAGUUUCUUGAAAACCUGGAUAAAUCUCGAAAAGGAGAACUUCUCAAGAAGAGUGAUUUACAAAAAGACUUCUGA